AUGGCUGAGGAGAGGUACAGGAAGAGGAUCCGGAGUGAAGUCACCUGCUCCAUCUGCCUCAGUUACUUUACUCGUCCGGUGGAACUGGGCUGCAGGCACAACUUCUGCGAAACCUGCAUCUUGAGGUGCUGGGAGGAGUCUGGUGAGAGAACCAGGUGCCCCGAGUGCAGAAAGGCUGUCAAAACAGACUACAAGCAAAACAGGCUUCUCACAAAUAUGGUUGGAAUCAUCAGUGAGUGGGAUCAUUCUGAGGAGAGAGAGGCUCAAAGGAGGCGCUCGGAUUGUCAGAGGCACCAGAAGACCCUGGACCUCUUUUGCCGGGACGACGAAGCCCCCUUCUGUGGGGAGUGUGACACAUCCCAAGGGCACAGCGGCCACAGGGUGGUUCCUGUGGAAGAAGCCGCCCAAGACUACAAGGUAAGAAUGAACCAUUAAUAGGAACGGCUAGUAUAUAUGAUGGAAUUAAAAUCAUAGAAUUGUAGACUUGGAAAAGAUCCUGAGGAUCUAGUCCAACCCACAACAAUGCAGGAAUAUGCAGUUGUCCCAUAAGGGGAUCGGACCUGCAAUCUUCAUAUUAUAAGCACCAUGCUCUAACCAAACUGAGCCAUUCAGCAAUCAAGGUUAAAGGCUGUCCAUAAACCACUGUCUCCUCUGAGUGAGUGUUUAUCCCUCUAAUCCUAGGUGUGAGGGAGGCAGUCUGCUGUCAACUGACUCUGCUCAUGCUCAGGAGGCCUCUCAUCUAAUUAUUUUACACAUCCUAAGAUAGAUAUUGGCUUUUAUGGGACUGAGGCUUGUUUUGCCUUAUAAGACUCCACUAGAUGUGUAUAUUAGGUAUGAUUGUGUAAAAAAAUGAUAAUUAAGCUGAUAUAGAAAGAUUGAACAAUGUUAAGGUGGCCUUUCUAGGAAAAAUAAAUGCAGCUCAAAUGAGUUUGCAAACUGCCUUUCCUGUUUCAGAAUCUAAUUCAAAGAGCAGAGCAAGGAUUGCAAGUCAGGAAAUAACUAAUACAUUGAUUUAUUUGGGAUGGAAAGAAAUGUACAAUUGCUUUAAAAAGGCAAUCAAAUAAUAAAAUCUAGGAAGAUGGCAGUUUGGGCAUCUCAGAGAUGCUUGCUGUUAUAAAGUGGGAGUUGUGCAGUAGUUGGCAUACUGGCGUAAAUUUAAGAUAAAUAUUUUAGGCGCACAAAAGACAAUGCAAUGAAAAGCUGUAAUAAAAAUUUUAAGGUCACACACACACACACACACACACACACACAUAUACUUCAUAAAUGUACCAAGCAAACACUCACAUAAAUAUAUAAACCACAAGUCUGAAGCAGCACAGGAAGACAGUCCUGAAACCAUUUUGACUCCUAAACUGACCAAAUGUUUUCCCUGCAAGGAGGGAGGGGGUGAGGGAACCUUCCCAUUGUCUCAGGAAUUGGGUAAUCACCAUCUCAAAGAAAUGGCCAGACUACCAGGAAAGGCUAUCAGAUAACCUGGCAGACAGGAAAAACAACAACAUUCAAAUUCCUGUUGCAGAUCACCUUUUCUGUGAUGUAGCUAUGAUGAUUGUGGGGAGUGGUCUUGGGCUCCAGGGCAGGGAAUUUCAAAAUGUCUAUAUAAGGGUGGGCACACCUUUGUUCUGGGUCCUCCUCCGCUCUCCUGCGUGUGGGGGAGCACCCUGUUGCAACAGCUUUAAUAAAGAUCAGGCUUACUAGCUGCUUUGCUUCUCAAUAUUCUCUGGUUGGCCUCUGUUAUUUUCUCCUACCGAUGGAGAACCUACAAAGGACUCUAUAAGGGCAGAUUUUGUUUGCAACAGUGUCAAAGGAGAAUAGGAAAAAAUAGUGUGAUGGAUCAGAUCAAGAGGUGAAGAUUUCUCCCCUUGGUUGUAUUUCCAUGUUAGCAAAUCUAUUUAUAUAUACAGAUACUGCCCUUCACAAAAAAACCCAACAACAUUAGAGGCAUAAAACAACGCUGCUUUCUCCUGUUGCCAGCCCUAAACUAUGCAAAGAACUCAAGAUUCGUGAGUUUUAAACCAGUUGUAUUAAUAUAAGUCUGUCACUGGUGCUUGAUCUUAGGCUAUUAGUGCAGGACCCGGUGUGCUGUUUCACAGGAGGAGCAGAUUUCAGAUUUACAGUCAAAGUUGAGAUCCACGUGCUUGGAUAAAUGCAAGAUCUUUUUUUUUAUUUUUACAAAGCAAGCCGUUUGUUCCCACAGCAUUAACCAAACAACACCCUCCCCUCGCCAUGCUGCUGCUACAAUCAACUAAAUCUCAAUUUUUAUCAUAGUUCUCACUUCAUUGCAAGUGUUUUUAAAAUCCUGCCAAUGUUUUCAAUUGUUUACAAUGUUCUUUCAAGUAACUUAAAAAAAUUCUCCAUUAUUGAGUAAAUGUAUUGUCCUCUUGAUCUCUGAUCUUCCCGAUCGUUUUCGCCAAUUCAGUGUAGUCCAUCAUCUUUAUCAGCCAUUCUUCUUAUGUAGGUAAGUUGUCCUCCUUCCAUCUUUGGACAAGUAGCUUCCGAGCAGCUGUUGUGGCAUACAUAAAUAGUCUCUUUAAAUCCUUCGGUAUUUCUGGACCUAAAAUUCCAAAUAAAAAAGCUUCAGGUUUUUUUAACAAAAGUUAUUUUAAACAUAUUUUUCAGCUCAUUAUAAAUCAUUUCCCAAUAUGCCCCCCCCCCCCCCACAUGUCCACAUCCUUCCUUCUGUUUACACUUCCAACAUGUAUCUGUGGCAGUUCUAUACAUUUUUGUCAAUUUAGUAGGAGUUAGGUACCAACGAUACAUCAUUUUCCUAUACAUGUAAUUCUCUUUCAACGUAUAACAUGCUGUAAAUUUUAGAUCUUCCCUCCAUAUUUUUCCCCAUGAUGCCAAUUGGAUAUUAUAUCCAAUGUCCCUUGCCCAUUGUAUCACUACUGAUUUCACUUCAUCUUUAGUAUACCAUUCUAACAACAAUUUAUACAUUUUUGAAACCAAUUUUAAAUUAUUCUCCAAUAAUUCCUUUUUGAACCUUGAAGUUUCUGUAUUAAAACCAUUCCUUCUAUCUUUCAUAAACACAUCAUUUAGUCGGUGGCAUUGCAGCCAGUAUGUUACCAAAUGUCCUCCAUUUUUUAUUUUCAAUUGAUCAUCUACUUCAAAUAACAACUCUUUAUAAGUCACCCACUCACUUUUUGCAUUAAGUUUUUUCACAGAUAACGCCUCCAGUGGUGAGAGCCACCAGGAUGUUUCUGUUCCAAUAUUUUUUUUUAUUUCUCCCACAGUUGGUAGAUCUAUGUUCUUACCAUGUGGUUUAGGAAACCUUUAUGCACUUUUGUCUUUUCAUACCAUAAAUAUGCAUGCCAACCAAAUCUAUUGUUAUGACCUUCUAAAUCCAAAAUAACCACAUUCUUUAAAUCAAUCCAGUCCUGCAGCCAGCAUAGACAGGACACCUCAUAGUAUAUUCUCAAAUCUGGCAGGGAGAAACCACUUCUUUCCUUAGUACAGUAGUACCUCCAGUUACGAAAGGGAUCCAUUCCGGAGGCCCGGCUGCAUCCUGAAAGAACCACAACUAGACUGCCGUUUCUGUGCAGGCACGCAGUGUGAUUUGGCUCUUCUGCACAGGCGUGAGCAGCGAAACCUGGAAGUAACCCGUUCUGGUACUUCCGGGUUGCUGUGGGACGCAACUUGAAAAGACGCAACAUGAAGUAGAUGCAAAACGGGGUAUGACUGUAUUUGUUAACAAUUUAUACUUUAUUCUUGGUUUUCUUCCCUUGCCAGAAUAAAUUUAGAGAUAGCUCAACAUUUCUCCAUAACACUCAUCAGUUGCAACUCUUGUAGGCUCAAUACUCUGGAUGGAAGAAGCAGGCUCUUAAAUAUAAAAAACGGGAACAAUAACAUAAUUCAACUGUCCUCUCUCUUUCCUUUCCUUUUCUUCUCUCUGUCUCACGGAUGAUUAUGAUAGUUAUUGCCUAGAAACCUCUCACCAGGACCCAAAUGGGAACUUUGGCUUUUCUUUUCAGGAUCAGCUCUGCAGGGGCCUGGAGACUCUGAAGGGGCUGAAGGCAGAAAACCUGAGGUAUAAUAGAAGAACAGAAGACACCAUUCAAAACCUGCUUGUAAGUGUCGCUCUUACUGGGAAGUAAGCAAAUAAUCAAAAGAACUAAUGUCUGGUGGGGGGAUAAAAAAUUACAUCCUGAAGCCAUCAGGCAGCUCCACUCUUUUGGAUGUCUAUUUAUUUGGGGACACCUGUUCCGAUGGGAAGGGAAAUUUUCCUUUGCUUGAAAACUGACGCAUUAUCUGUGAAAAUACAAAAAUUCAGAAGCACCCAGCCUGUUCCCCUGCAGUAAUCCUCAAACCCUCUUUAUGCUGCAGAAGGAGUGGCAACGUUGCUAACAGCCUGUUUUUCUUUCCAUCUUUCUUGCAGGAGAAACUAAUGUCUCAUAGGCAGAAGAUGAAGGAUGAAUUUAAGCAACUACAUUUGUUUCUGGAAAAAUGGGAAAACCAGCUGCUGAAGGAGAUGGAAGAGAUGGAGAAAGAGAUUACAAGGAAAUUGAAUGAGCAGCUAGGCUGGCUCUCCAGAGAACUUGACUCUCUUCAAAAUAUCAUCCGGGAGCUGGAGGAGAAGCUUUGGCAGCCCCCCAGUGAAUUCCUGCAGGUAGGAGAGUGGCAUAAGCAGCCCAAGCUUUUCUCCAGGUCAAGGCCACGACCAGACCAGUCUCUGCCUCUGUCAUUAUUCACAAAUGACGUUGCUUAGUUUUGUGGAGCUGGUAGCUGGUUCUCUUACGUUAGGUGCAGGAGCAUUUAAGAGGACAAGCAGAGAAUGUGCACCUUAAUUUGUUACUUAACGAUGAUGGAAUCAGAUGUUUUCUGCUCUUGCCUGAUGAUGGGUCUGCUGCUGGCUCCCAAAUUAGUGAUGUUGCCUUCCUGGCCUGUUUGGGAGCUUCACAGAAUCUGCUCUUGCCAAGAGGGGUCUGGCUUGGGUGAAUCCCUUGGCCUGAUCCCUGCAAUGAACAGAGCCCUAUUUUGUGCCUUUUAAGGUGUGGGACAGUUUGUCAUUUCAGGGCUUCUUUUAAGAAGUUUUCCCUUCUGUGGUUAUAUUACCUGAGUUGGGCUGAAAAUAGGUGGACCCUUGGUCUGAUACCUUACUGGUCCUCUUUGGUUCCUGCUCAGGGCUUCAUUUAAGAGGCUGUGCUCUGAUUUUAUGACAUUACCCUGCUUGGACUGAGGCAUGGGGCAUGGGCUUUGAUGUAUGGCCAGUCGUGGAUGUUGAGUUCUCUUCUUUUUCUCUUUCCCCUGCAGGAUAUUAGAAGCACUUUGCAGAGGUAAGCAGAUCCCUCUUCUUUUCCUUUGCGCUUUGCGGUUCUGUGAAGGAUAUGGACUGCAGGAAAAACACCCGCUGUUCCCAAGGGGACAGUAUGGUUCUUUGUGACCUCCAACUUUUAACAAAUCAAUAGGGGCCCACUUUUUCUAAAGUUCCUAUUUUCACUUCCAAACUUCCUUUUCUCAGUUUUUAUCUCUCGUUUAAUUCUGAUUCUCUUUCCUUUCUUUCUGUUUCCACCUGGUAGUCUCAACUGUCUUCCAAAACAGGGAUGUAUCUAAGAAAGCAACAAACCAUUGUUCACACUUUUAUUCCCUCCACUGCUUAUUUCAAUAUACGUUUCAUCUGUCCUCUUAUUAUUCACCUUGAAGCUGACCAGCCAGUUUCUUGAGACCUUUGUGAUCCUCUCCCCUCUCCUCCUAUUGAUUCCUUUGGGAAUUUGAGGUUGGAUGGAGAGCCAGCUGGCAUACUUAAACCUUUUAUUUCUCCACAGGCAUGAGGGUAGACAGACAUUUGAGCCUCCCAAAAUUUUCCCUCCUGAAUUUAUGUGGAAAAUCGUGGACAUCUUUGAAAUAUAUCCAUUUCUGAAAGCUGUUGUGGAGCAGUUCAAAGGUAUUGGCAGCAAGAAUUUCAUGCUGGAUAUUGAAUUGGUCCAUAUGGGGUUGAGGAAAAACUCAAGGUGUCCUCUGUAAUGCUAGGAGAGCCAGAAAAAUUGAACUUGAGGGUCAGUAGGGAAGGUAACUUUAAAUUUCACUGAGGGGGAAAGGAGGUCCUGCAACCACAGCUCAAAAUGCCAUUUGCUGAGACUGCCUCUCUCAGCCUGGUGCCUUCUGUUUCCUUUGGACUCCAACUCCCAUCAGCCCAGCUGAUAAUUGAAGUCCAACAACAUUGUGAAGGCCACAACUUCCUCCUCUCUGGUCUACAUCAUCUAAGCAUGAAGGCAACAUGUUUAUUUCUUCAGCAACAGUGUCUCACCCACAUGCAGAUUUAUGCAGGGACACUUGAAAAAACUCACACACUUUUGUGGCUGAAGCUUUGUAUGACUUAAGGCCCACUGAAUUUGGUGAGGGGGUGUGUGCGCGCAAGAAUAUUGUGGUGAAUUUAAUGAUCAGUUUGGUAGUUUCAAUGACACUCUGUCACAACUCGUGUUUAGCCAGGCCUUAGGCUCCAACACUUUAAGGCAAUAACCUUAAGAGGCAGCUUGCUAAGAUUUUCAAAAGCAGACAGCAGCUAUUCCUGCAUAUGCUGAGAGGCAAAAGGUCUCAUAAGCAGAAGUCAAAUGUGAUUAUUUGGAAACAAGUGAAAAGACAAACAAGGUUCUGGAAACCGAGGAAUGGUUGAGGGAGUUAGGCAUGUUUAGCCUGGAAAAAAGCAGAUGAGAGAACGAUAUGGUAGCCAUCUUCAAAUAUCUAAAGGGCAUGUAAGUUGGAGCAAGAUUGUCUUCUCCUGCUCUGGAGGGUAGGACUCAAACCAUGAUAUCAACUGACUCUUUUUCUGUGCUAUAACAUUAAUUAACACCACGACGGUGUGUGAUGCUUAAUCUCUCUUGCUUUCCAUUUCACAGGCACUCUAACAUCAGGACUCUCUCUGAAGAAAGGUAAGCUGAGGAGCCUCAAUCAAGCAAUCAUUUUAUUUGCACUUCCUCCUUCCAAAGUUAAGCCCAUGAUCAAGGGGGCUGGUGACAUAUAAAUAAUUACAUAAUAACACAAAAUAGUCAUAUGCAAUGAACAAAACAUUAAAAAGUACACAACCAAAUUGAACAACUUCCACCUAAAUCAUAAGAUCUAAAAUAAAGAGGUAACAUAAUAGCAGCAAAAGCCCUAACCGAUGCCCAAACCCAAGAGUCUGUUUCACAGCCUCAGCUUUUGUAGCUGGAGUCAGUCUUGGCCAGGGGGAAUAGGCUUGCAAGGCAGGGAGCAGGUCUUCAAGGGCUCACGGUCAAGAUGGUCUGACAGAGAACCAGGAGGGAAUGUGUGCUCUAUCAGGACGCUUUCUGCUUCCAUCAUCCCUGCUAGCGGGCUCUGAAACCAUCACUGCAUUAACUAAGGAUAGCGGGAAAAGUUAUCCAUCGGGGGAGCUGUUGCGGCCCAUCUGCCAAUAGCUGGUGGGGCCACAGUGGACACAACCAGUGUCCAAAGUCGCUCCUUUUCUAAGAUCCCAACCUUUUCAUUGCUCCCUUUCUUCGUCCUUGGUCAGUUGGCUGUUGGGAGAGAGAAUGGUGGCUUCAAAGAGUUUUUGAUUUUGGACAGAGGGCCAAAGCUGGGCUACGCUAGCAGCGAAGCCGCAGGGAGGCCCACAGUCCAGGCAGGAAAGGAACCCCCUUCCGCAAUGAUCCCUGGAGUGGAUCUAAACUCACAAUGUCUAUCCUCCCAGCUGAUUCCUCUUUUCUUUUCUCUUCCUUUGUCUCCUCGCGAUGCCAAUAGUAAGUGUAACUCUGGACCCAGACACCGCUCAUCCCCACCUGAUCCUGUCCGAGGAUCGUCGAAGCGCGAGGUGGGGAGAGGCACAUCAAGAGCUGCCGGACAAUCCUGAGAGAUUCAGCGGAUGUCCCUUUGUGCUGGGCUGUGAGGAGUUUACAGCAGGGAGGCACUACUGGGAAGUCACCAUGGAUAUUUCGGGUGAAUGGGCUGUGGGGGUCACCAGGAAGUCUGUGAAGAGAAAGGGCAUGCUCUCCUUUACCCCUGAGGAAGGCAUCUGGGGACUGAGGCAGCUGCGUAGCCUGCCUGCUGCGAAGCUGAGGAGGAUCCGGGUGGCUGUCAAUUAUGCAGGGCGCCGCAUUCUCUUUUUUGAUGCUGAUACAGGCAAGGCAUGCUAUGUUACAAUGGCUGAAUUCUCUGGAGAGCCCCUUCUGCCUAUAUUUUGGGUGGGGCCAGAAACCUGCCUUGAACUGCCUCCGGUGACACACUAG